AUGUCGCAUCUACUUGAGCACAGCUUCCUUUUCACCACAGAGGAGCGACAGCUCAUCUACCAUGCCAACAGUGACGUCAACACCCGCCCCGUGAGCUUCGUCACUCGCAUCUUCUACCCCAUCUGGAUUCGCAUCAGCACGCAUCUGCUCGGCGAUCUCGUGGCGCCGAACUCCAUCACAUUGGCAGGGCUUCUUAGCAGCAUGCAGGCGUACCAGCUCAUUAACACGUACUACCAUUUUGGCGAUUCGCAGCACAACUCGCGUGCGAUGCUGGGCGACGUGAAGUCGUCGUUGCAGGCGUUUGGGCUCCGUGGCGCCGGCCAGGUACCCCUCGCAUCUGAGAAGACUGUCGUAGGAGAGAUAGCCUCUGCCUACCAAGCCGGACCAGGCGCUGCGGCCAAGACGGCCAAGGCCAUGGGUGCUGCCGCUGCCGCCGCUGCCACAAGUGCCGCGAGCGGUCAAAUCUUAAAGCCUCCAGAGGCCGACUACGUGGACUUUUUCCACACUGACCGCACGGUGCAGACGGCCACGGUCCUGGCGAUUCUGCUCCUGGUCAUCUCUAUCGCGUGCGGCUCCCUGGACGGCGUGCACGCGAAGCGCUGUCGCAGUGCCACCAGCCUGGGUGACAUCUUCUCCCGCAUCUGCUCCUCUAUGGCACGCGUCUUUAUGGCGCUAACGCUGCUGGAGGUGUUUCAAAUCGAGGACGUGUGCACGAAGUGGUAUUUCCUGCUCGCCCUGCAACUGAUUGAGCUGAACACGGUGCUUGGCCGCAUCAACGCGUCGAACUUGAAGAAGGACCGCGUGAAGAAUGUGGCGUACAUUGCGACGUACUGCUUCCGCGAAUCGGAGUUGUCGUUCCUCAUGGUGCUGCUCCUCAUCGCCCGCUGGUUCUACCCCACCGCGUGCCGCAACAUCCUCGGCGUCAUCUUGGCAAAGGCGCAGGUUGGCUACAACACCCUCGUCGUCGCCACCUUCAUGAGCAUUGCUCUUCUCAAGAUGAAAAAGCUGUACAAGGGGAUUAUUUUGCUCUGCCUCGCCGCGCGUGUGCUGCCGCUCUUCUACCUCUUGCCGCUAAGCCAGUACAGCUUGCUGAGCGUCAUUGGCGAUGCCAUGAUUGUCGGGUUGCUGUCCAUCGAGGUGUACGUCAGCCACCUCGCCCAGCGCCGCAUCCACGCCGCAGUUUUUUUUCUGUGCCUCGGUUCGCUUUUAAACGACGUGCUCUCUGUGGCCGGGUCUAUCAUGUACUUGAUUGCCAUGCUGGUGGACUUGUCGUACUCGCUGAACGUACCGCUUUUCACGCCUGUGCGUAACGUGUUCAUCGACGGCGUCUUCGACCUCUGCCACGCCGGACACAAGAAGCUGAUGGCCAACGCCCUCAAGUUCGGCAACCGUCUCAUUGUUGGCGUCUGCGGCGAUGAGGAGUGCGCCUCAUACAAACGCCCACCGAUCAUGACCACCGAAGAGCGCAUCAAUGAGGUGCGCCUGUGCAAGUACGUCUCAGAAGUGAUUCCCAACUCACCGGUGACAGGCAUCACGGCGGAGAUGAUCCGGUACUACAAUAUACACGUAGUUGUCUGUGGCGAGGAGUACAACACGCCGACAGACACGUACUACGCGGUACCGCGCCGCAUGGGCAUCCUGCGCACAGUGCCAAGAACUCCCGGCAUCUCCACCAGCGUUCUCAUCUCGCGCAUCCGUGCCGCCAGUGACAGCUCAAUAGGGGCGAAGGACACGAAGAGCGACAAGACAACGGUGAAGGACAGCGCAUGA